UGAAUUAUUUACUAGUAUUUUCAAAUCAUUAUCAUAUUUGGAACAAUUCUAGAUGUCUGCUGACAAGGCACUGCACACAUUAGAAGGAAGCAAAGAUGGACAAAUUACCUGUCCAACCCACUGCAGCAUGGUACUAGAAUUUUACUGCUCAACUUGCAAGAAAUCAGCAUGUAAACAGUGUGAACAUGUUUUUAACUGUUUUAAAAAUCAUGAAGUGACUGAAAUGAAAGUAGCUGUAGAUAAGUUUAACCAAAAUGCUAUUAAACUUAUCCAGACAACUGAGGAAAUUAAAAACAAAUUGCAAGAAACAUUUGAUUCAAUCAUUAAAGAUAGAUUGAACUUUGACACACAUCUAAAAUUAUGUAGGAAAGCUAUAGAGGAUCAAAAAGAGACAAUAAUUAAGAAAAUUCGGGAGAGAACCGAAGCAUUGAUGGCAGAUCUUAUAGAGGGACACAAAGCAAAGAUAGAAGAUCAUGACACUAAAAUAAAAUUUCUUGAAUCGAAGCGGACACAAGUACAUAGUCUGAAGACAGCUAUUCAUGCAAUAAUGAACAAACCAGAAGAGACUGAAAACCUUGAACACCAUAAGACAACUAUCAACACCAUUAGAGACCAGGUCUUAGGAACCGAUUUUGAUAAAUCAGUUCAAAUAAUGAAUAUUACACCAAAUUUUAUUCCAUCUAAACACUUGGAUAAGUUGAUAAAUACAGAGGGCAUUGGUAGAAUUACAAAUGUUGAUAGCAUGAUGUACAAGGUUGAUAAAGAUGAUGAAGCAAUUACUGUAAUAAAAGGAGACCCAUUUGUAGUCGAAGUAUCAAGUCUAGCUGGCAGUAAUGCAUGUAAAUUAGCUGCCACUUUGAAGAACUUAAUAUCAGGUAAAGAAUUACCUACUGGGGUAGAAUAUGGAACAAAUGGAAAGUACAAAAUAACAGGUAGAUGCAAUGUGGAAGGUGACUGGCAGAUGAAGAUCACUGUUGGAGGGACACACAUCAAAGGAUCACCAGUGACUAUCAAGGCGGAAAGACUGGGACUUGUACACACCAUUGAUAAUAAGGAACACACAAACACAAAUACAGUGAUAGAUGUAGUGUUAGAUACAGAUGGAUGCAUGUUAUUAUUAAGCGGCAGUGAAUAUAUAUUAAAGUUCAACCAAUCAGGUUUAUUUAUUGAAAAGAUAGAGUGGCCAAAGUAUGCAAAGAUCAAUAGAAUGCAUCUAAUGAGUAAUGGUCACAUGGUGUACAGUGAUGGCUACAGAAAAUGUGUUGUAAUGUGUGAUGCUAAAUUUAAAAAGAUCCGUUCAUUUGGAAAAAAACAAUUGAAAUAUCCAGAAGGUUCGACAGUUAAUGAAGAAACUAGAGUCUUGUAUGUAGUAGAUCGAGAAUCUCACUGUGUGUGUAAAUUCAAUGUUGAUAAUGGUAAACUACUGGGUAAGAUAGGUUCAGAAGGCAGUAAAGUAGGUCAAAUGAAUAGACCAGAAGGUGUCACUUUAACUAAGGAAGGUCAUGUGAUUGUUGCUGACUGUCAGAAUUGCAGAAUACAAAUGUUUGAUGUAAAUGAUAAAUUUAUGAGAACCCUUGUAGGCUCUGGUGAGGAAGAUGGUAAAGUUUGGUAUCCUUUUGGUGUAACCAUGGAUAUGGAUGAAAAUAUAAUAAUAUCAAGUAUUAAUAAACUACAAUUAUUUAACAAAAAUGGUGUCUUCAUAAAACGAAUUGAUCAUCAAGAUGAUGGAUUAAAUGGCCCACUAGGAAUCACGGUAAUUGCCAAUAAAACAAGAAGAGUAGCUGUAGCAAACAACAGACAAAAUAAUGUUAAAGUAUUUAACUAUUAAAUGCAUAU